AUCCCUUUUACUCCUACCUACAACCGGGACGGGAGGACGAGGAACCGCCUUCACGGUGGGGGAACAACCGGAGGAGCAGCUGAUGGAGUACCGAGACCCUUGUAAAGCCGCUGCCUUUUGGGGAGAUAUCGCUUUAGAUGAAGAUGAUCUGAAGCUGUUUCAAAUAGACAGAGCUGUUGACUUAACAAAGCACUCAGAUGGCAAUGCAAGACACACUUCAGGAGGCCUGGGAGAACAGUCCCUUGCGUCCAGUGAGAACACCACUUCAACCGAUGGUAGUAACAAAGCAGUUAAAAAGGACGGCAGGCAGAACACCACGCUUGCGAGGAGACCGAAGAGGAAGGACGAUAAAGAUGAGUCUGGGAUGGAUGCACGCUCCUCCCCCAGGGUGCGCAGGGCAACCACCUCCCGGGCCGAGAGGAUCUGGCCGGGGGGAGUCAUCCCUUACGUGAUCGGAGGAAACUUCACCGGAACACAAAGAGCUAUCUUUAAGCAAGCGAUGAGGCACUGGGAGAAGCACACUUGUGUGACGUUUGUGGAGAGAACUGAUGAAGAGAGUUUCAUUGUGUUCACAUACAGAACGUGUGGAUGCUGCUCAUACGUGGGUCGCCGAGGAGGGGGCCCUCAGGCUAUAUCCAUUGGGAAGAACUGUGACAAGUUUGGGAUCGUGGCUCACGAGCUGGGUCAUGUGGUGGGUUUCUGGCACGAGCACACACGGCCUGACAGGGACCAGCAUGUCACCAUCAUCAGAGAGAACAUACAGCAAGGUCAGGAGUACAACUUUUUAAAGAUGGAAGCUGGGGAAGUGAACUCACUGGGCGAGACCUAUGACUUCGACAGCAUCAUGCACUAUGCUAGGAACACGUUCUCCAGAGGGGUUUUCCUCGACACCAUCCUUCCCCGUCGUGAUGAUAAUGGGGUCCGGCCAACUAUUGGUCAGCGUAUUCGCCUGAGUCAGGGAGACAUCGCUCAGGCAAGGAAGUUGUACAAAUGCCCAGCUUGUGGAGAGACCUUGCAGGACUCAACAGGGAAUUUCUCAGCCCCUGGCUUUCCAAAUGGCUACCCCUCCUACUCCCACUGCGUCUGGAGGAUCUCGGUGACCCCAGGGGAGAAGAUUAUGUUAAACUUCACAUCAAUGGACCUAUUUAAAAGUCGCCUUUGCUGGUAUGAUUAUGUGGAGGUGCGCGAUGGCUACUGGAGGAAGGCUCCGUUGCUGGGUAGAUUUUGUGGUGACAAGAUCCCAGAACCAGUAAUCUCCACGGACAGCAGGCUGUGGAUCGAGUUCCGGAGCAGCAGUAACAUCCUGGGCAAAGGCUUCUUUGUGGUUUAUGAAGCUAUUUGUGGUGGAGAAAUUCACAAAGAUGCCGGUCAGAUCCAAUCUCCCAAUUACCCAGAUGACUACAGACCUUCCAAAGAGUGCAUCUGGAAGAUCACAGUUUCUGAGGGCUAUCACAUAGGAAUCACGUUCCAAGCCUUUGAGAUUGAAUGGCAUGAUGCAUGUUCUUAUGACUACCUGGAGAUCCGAGAUGGCCUCACUGAAUACAGCCCACUGAUCGGUCACUUCUGUGGCUACGAGAAGCCAGAAGAUAUCAAAUCCAGCUCAAAUAAAGUAUGGAUGAAGUUUGCAUCUGAUGCAACCAUCAAUAAAGCGGGCUUUGCAGCAAAUUUCUUUAAAGAGAUGGAUGAAUGUUCUCUGCCGGACAAUGGUGGGUGUGAGCAGCACUGUGAGAACACACUGGGCAGUUACAAAUGCACCUGUGAGCCCGGCUAUGAGUUGACAGCUGAUAAAAAGAGCUGUGAAGCUGCCUGUGGGGGCUUCAUCACCAAGCUCAAUGGGACUAUUACUAGCCCUGGAUGGCCCAAGGAAUAUCCUACUAACAAAAACUGCGUCUGGCAGGUGGUAGCUCCAGCCCAGUACCGGAUCUCUCUGCAGUUCGAAGUGUUUGAGCUGGAAGGCAAUGAUGUCUGUAAAUAUGACUAUGUUGAGGUUCGUAGUGGGUUGGCUUCUGACUCCAAGCUGCACGGCAAAUUCUGUGGCUCAGAAAAGCCUGAAGUAAUCACGUCAUAUAGCAACAACAUGAGACUGGAGUUCAAAUCAGACAACACGGUCUCCAAGAAAGGCUUUAAAGUUCACUACUUCUCUGACAAGGAUGAAUGCUCCAAAGACAAUGGUGGUUGCCAGCACGAAUGUAUCAACACCUUUGGGAGCUACGUAUGCCAGUGCAGAAAUGGCUUCAUGCUGCAUGAAAACGGCCACGAUUGUAAAGAAGCUGGUUGUGAGCACAAGCUGAGUGCUGCAGAGGGAAUGAUGAGCAGCCCAAACUGGCCUGACAAGUAUCCCAGCAGGAAAGAGUGCACCUGGGACAUCUCUGCGACACCUGGCCACCGAGUGAAAGUAACCUUCAAUGAGUUUGAGAUUGAGCAGCACCAAGAGUGUGCCUAUGACCACUUGGAAAUGUAUGAUGGGCCCAACAGCAAGUCACCUGUCCUUGGCCGCUUCUGUGGCAGCAAAAAACCAGACCCUGUAGUGGCUUCUACCAACAAGAUGUUCCUCAGGUUUUACUCUGAUGCUUCUGUGCAAAGAAAAGGUUUCCAGGCAAAGCACAGCACAGAGUGUGGUGGGCUCUUAAAGGCUGAAGUACGAACUAAGGAGCUGUAUUCUCAUGCUCAGUUUGGGGACAACAACUACCCAGGCCAAGCGAACUGUGAGUGGGUGAUUGUGGCUGAGGAUGGUUACGGGGUGGAGCUGAUAUUCCAGACGUUUGAGAUUGAGGAGGAGGCCGACUGUGGGUACGACUACAUGGAGAUUUAUGAUGGCUACGACAGCACCGCACCCCGCCUGGGACGCUUCUGUGGCUCAGGGCCUCUGGAAGAAAUCUACUCUGCAGGGGAUUCCAUCAUGAUCCGAUUCCACACAGACGACACCAUCAACAAGAAAGGCUUUCACGCCCGAUACAUAAGUACCAAAUUUCAGGAUGCAUUGCACAUGAGAAAAUAGUUUGGCUGCUCCUCACAGACAUUUCCGUCUGAAGAUUGAGACAUUUAGCUGUGAUCUUUGUCCUUUUUUUUUUUUUUUUUUAAGCUUCUGUGCACCUGGCCAAAAGCAGUGUGCAGUGUUUUCUGUAACUAAAACUAAAUCCAGUUUCAAAGGUUUGCCUCUGAAAUUAUUAGCAUGACCCUUUCUUGUUAACAUACCCAGGACCAAAUAUUGUCUUCUAAUCGUACCUGCCAGGGCAUAAACAUUGUAUUUUGCACAGCUUGCCAUGGGGCGGAGUGAAGACUGAUAUUGAAUUGAGAAAAGCCUUCAUCUCUUGCAUAUCCCGUUUCUAGGUGACGUUUCCUAAGCAUCCUGUACACAUGAGCUGUCUUGAACACAUUUUCUGGAGCAGAUGAUGUGGACGGCGCCCCCAGUAGGAUUUUCUCAAAGGACCUUGGGAGCCACCCGCUCUCCCCUACCAGCCCAAAAUACUCUGUGCAAUAAGUGAACAACCAGAUGGCUGGGACUCCAUCAUUCCUUCUGUCCCAUCUAUUUAUUGUCUUGGUUAUUGGGGGAUGAAAGGUAGGCAGGGGCACAGGGACAGUCUCGUUAGGGCUGCCAGCUGCUUGGAUCACCGUGACAAGAAGGGCCCAGCACCUGAUUUGCAGUAAUUGUCAUGGAAUGACAAUGUUAUAUGUUGACUGGAAAGUACUUUGAUGUGGUGGCCAGGGGAAAGGUGGUGGCUGAUAAGGAAGUGCUGUGGUGGCAUUCAAGGCAUGACUGCUGUGGCAGUCCUUACCUUAAGUAAGGAAUCUCUCCUCCUCACUCCACCCGUGUUUGCUUUCUCUGCCUUCUUUGCGCUGCUUCCUUUCCUUGGUACCACUUCCACGUGAGCCCUUCCUUUUCACAGCCGAGCUGCUCUCCUCCCCACCACAACCUAGGAGUGCUCUACAACAUCAACUAGCUGAGGCAUCUCAACGAAGCAAACCCCGGGCCAGUGAUAGUCAGGUGUCUCCAAGGUGCAGGAACACGGUCCACUCUACAGGCCAUCUCUGGUGAGCUCUGGGAACCUGUCAAACAUGUGCAAGCUCCAGGCAUGGGACUAGGAACAGGGAGAGCUCUGCUGGUGUCUACUUCUUCCCCGUUCCUUACUGGCCCAGUCUCUUAACUUCAUGGCAGGGCUGCGAGCGAGAUGGUGACUUAAGCACUUUGAGCUAUAAAGCUCAGACAUGCUCUGUGUUGCGGUUAUUUAUGUACAUGGAAGCUACCGAGCUGUGGACUUGCAGAAUUAACAGGUAGCUUGGCACUUCUUUUGGGGAAAAAAGUAGGGAAAAACUUUGCUUUUUGGGGGGAUCCACUGUAAUUGAGCUGUUGAUAUGGAAGAAAAAGAAAAAGAAGAAAAAAAAAAAAAAGACUUUAUUCUGAAUGAUAUUUCAUUAAGGCACUCAUGGGCCAUUUUGAGCUAAAAGCUGAGGUAUGUUAGCUUUAAUAAAGUAUUUAUAAUCCAAGGAUUACUAUGUUUACAUAACUAAUGUACUGUCAGGCUCCGGGGUGACACCUCCUCUCUGGUGUAUGACUGCGGAGAAGUGUGGGGCCAGCGCCACUGUCAGGCACAAACGACAUUCCUGGAGAUGAGGGCAUUCCCAGAUGGAUAAUAAAUAGACCCAGCCCUCUCCAGAAGUCCUUGAACAGAAUAUGGUCCAAGUAUUGUGAAUACUAGGAGAAGCAAAUGCAUGAAAAUAUUUUCUUGCUUAGAACAAGAAAAAUAAAGUAAUUUAUACACACACACACACAAGAUUAUAUGUAUAUAAAAUGUGCAUGUAGAAGACCAGUAGUCAAAGCCUUAAUAAGUGUCAUGUGAAUAAUACUGUACCAUUGACUAUAGCUUUAUUGCAGGCUGUAUAAAACCAUGUUAUUUCUGUUUGGGUUUUUUUUUCUAGCUCUUUUUUGUUCCUGUUUUCAAAUUUUGUGGCCUUUUAACGGGCAAGACCUCUCAUCUCAAGCAGUUUGACCAUGCAGGUCUGGGGCAAUGAGCUCUGCUAGAUGGGGGUCUGCUUUUGUCCUUCUCUUCCUUGCCCCCACUCACCCAAAAUCGCAGUGACUCAGGUCUGGAAAUAAAAGCGUGACACCGAUCCCUGUGAAACAGAAGAAAAGUUUCAGGGGGCGAGCAGCGGUUCAGGUUUCCUGGCUCUCUAAUGAGAGCAAUGGCUCUGGAGAGAAGUGACUGUAGGAACUUUCCAUGUGCUUUGCCAUCUCUUGUUCCACGUUCUGGUAAUUCCCCAUUUUCCCCAGACUGGUUGGCUGCAGAUGCUUGCGAUGUGGUUUGACAGAUCUACUGCGCUUGUCAGCUUUCAUGCAGGUGUCUCUUGUGACAGUGUGCUCACAACUGUUGUACUGUGCGUUUCAAUCAGUGAUCUGUGUAGAAUAUUUCUGCUGUACUGACUGGGCUUAACAGUCAAUAAUUCUAAAUGUGUGAAAGUUUCUUAAGAAAAAAGAAAAAAAAUAA